GAUCAGAAGCAAUUUGGACUGGACCCCAUAAAAUGGGUGGCUCUGCUCUUCUGUAGAGCACAAGGCUUUCAGGCAUAUCAUAUGAAGUUCUGAACACUAGCAAGUUCUACACUAAGCUUACCUACUCUGCUCCAGAGCAAGAAGCUACUAGCUGAUCACUAGCUCAGACAUGACCAUCAAGGAUGAGCAGCAGCCACUGCACAUCCUCUUCUUCCCGUUCCUCGCGCCUGGCCAUCUUAUCCCAGUCGCCGACAUGGCCGCGCUCUUCGCCGCUCGCGGCGUCAGGUGCAGCAUCCUCACCACCUCGGCCAACGCCGCCGUCAUCCGCUCGGCCGUGGACCGUGCCAACGACUCCUUCCGUGGGAGCGGUGGUGGCCUGGCGAUCGACCUCGUCGUCGUGCCCUUCCCGGACGUUGGGCUCCCGCCGGGCGCCGAGAGCGGCACGGCGCUUUCGUCCCAGGAAGACCGCGACAGGUUCUUCCUUGCCAUCAUGCGGCUCCGGGAGCCCUUCGACCGGUUCCUGUCGGAGAACCGCGCCGACGCCGUCGUGGUGGGCAGCUUCUUCAGGUGGGCCGCGGAAGCCGCCGCCGAGCACAGCGUCCCGCAUCUGGGGUUCCUCGGCACCAGCGUGUUCGCGAGGUCCUGCACCAACAGCGUGGUGUGCAACAACCCGAUGGAGGCCGCCCCCGAAGAUCCUGACGCCGUCGUUACCUUGCCGGGGCUGCCGCACCGUGUCGAGCUGAGGCGGAGCCAAAUGAUGGACCCCAAGAAGCGGCCGGACCACUGGGAGUUGCUCAAGAGCAUAAACUCCGCCAGCCAGAGGAGCUUCGGCGAAUUGUUUAACAGCUUCCACGAGCUGGAGCCGGACUACGUCGAGCACUACCGCACGACGCUCGGCCGCCGCUCAUGGCUCGUCGGGCCGGUCGCUCUUGCCAACAAGGACGCGGCGGUGAGAGGCACCAGCGAGCUCUCGCCGGACGCGGACGGCUACCUGCGGUGGCUCGACGCGAAGCCACACGGCUCGGUGGUGUACGUCUCCUUCGGCACGCUGUCCAGCUUCUCGCCGGCGGAGAUGCGGGAGCUCGCCCGAGGCCUCGACCUCUCAGGCAGGAACUUCGUGUGGGUAAUCAACGGCGCGGACGCCGACGCAUCGGAGUGGAUGCCCGAAGGCUUCCCCCAGCUGAUCUCGCCACGCGGCGAACGCGGCCUCACAAUCCAAGGCUGGGCGCCGCAGAUGCUCAUCCUGAACCACCCUGCCGUCGGCGGGUUCGUCACACACUGCGGGUGGAACUCAACGCUGGAGGCCGUGACCGCCGGCGUGCCGUUGGUUACCUGGCCACGGUACGCCGACCAGUUCUACAACGAGAAGCUCAUCACGGAGGUGCUCAAGGUCGGCGUCGGCGUCGGCUCCAUGGACUUCGCGUCGAAGCUGGAGAACCGCCGGGUAGUGAUCGGCGGCGAAGUGGUCGCGGGAGCCAUAGGGAGAGUGAUGGGCGAGGGCGAGGAGGGCGAGGCGAUACGGAAGAAGGCGGCGGAACUAGGCGCGAAGGCGAGGGGCGCGCUGGAGAAGGGCGGAUCUUCGUACGAUGACGUUGGACGUCUGAUGGACGAGUUGAUGGCUCGCCGGAGCUCCUUCAAUGUAUGAAACUAUAGGACUUGUGUAGUUACUAAAUUUUUUUUUCAAAAACAUCACAUCAAAUUUUUAUAUCUAAA